AUGAGAUUUGUUAUCUUAUUAUGCAUGAUCGGAUUUGUAGUCUGUGAUUUGCCUGUUCAUUGUUUAAAACACUAGGUUUCAGGAAAGUGGAGACUAUAUUUAGAAAAACCAACUUAAAAGGGUGUGGGUUUAUUACCAUGUGGUCACGAGGUUCCUGAUAGAGCUAAAACAUCAUAUAUGGCUUAUUCUAGCAACUUUUAACCCUCAUAAGAUUUUGAAGUUACUUUAGGAGAUGAUUAUAAAGUUAAAUCAAGUUCUAAAUCAGGAGAAUGGACUAUGGUUUAUGAUGAAGGUUUUGAAAUCAAAUUAGGAAAUAUGAAAUAUUUUGCAUUUUCAAAAUAUGAGCCUAAAGGUAGAGAAGGUGUUUCAUAUUGUGAUCAAACUUUAGUAGGUUGGUACACAAACCUUGAUACUUAAGAAAAAGGAUGUUAUAGAGCUGAAAAAACUGAAAAAGUAGAAUCAUCAGAAUCUAUCAAAACAGUUAGUAUUGUAUAACCAGAAUUUAUGGACGAUGAUGAUAUGAAAUCUUUAUCCUUUUUAUAGGUUUAAGAAAAAACACCAGAAUUGAAUCACGAUGAUCUAGUAGAAAAAUUGAAUUAGAAGGAAGGUACAUGGAAGGCAAAGGUUUAUGAUCAUAUGAAAGGAAAGAGUUUUGCAGAAGUAGCUAAGUCUUUAGGAAAGAAGAAGGGAUUUAGAAAAGACAAAUCAUAUAAACAAUAGGAAUCUACAUCAAAUAAAGUAUUUAUUUAGACAGGUGAAUAUUCAGAAUUACCAAGUUCAUUUAAUUGGAAAGAGUAAUUGAUUAUUUAAUGAAUUUAGAAAAUUAUCACCUCCAAGAUAAUAAGGAUAAUGUGGAUCUUGUUAUGCAAUUGCUACAAUGUCUAUGUUAUCAGCAAGAUUAAAAAUUCAAGGUGAAAAUGUUGAUCUUUCACCAUAAUGGUCUUUAAAUUGCAAUUAUUUCAAUCAAGGAUGUGAUGGUGGUUAUCCUUAUUUGGUAAAUAAAUUUGCUGAAGAAUAAGUUCUUGUUUCUGAAGCAGCUGAACCAUAUUAAGGAUUUGAUGGAUCAUGUAAUUUCUAAAAAGCUAAAUCUUAAUCAAAAGUUUAUAAAACUAAGUAAAUUAUUAAUUUAUAUCUAUUUUAGAAAUUAUAAAUAUUUAGGAGGUUCAUAUGGUAGAGUAUCAGAAUAAGUUAUUAUGAUGGAAAUUAUGAAGAAUGGACCUGUGGUCUUAAGUUUUGAACCAUCUUAUGAUUUUAUGUAUUAUGAAUCUGGUAUUUAUCAUUCCAAAGCAGAAACAAAUGAUUAUGCUGAAUGGGUAUUUUAAAUUAUAUUUAUAAAUUAGGAAAAAGUUGAUCAUUCAGUUUUAUGUUUUGGUUGGGGAGAAGAAAGUGGUGUUAAAUUUUGGAUGUUAUAAAAUAGUUGGGGAGAUCAAUGGGGAGAAGGCGGAAAUUUUAGAAUGAAAAGAGGAGUUGAUGAAUCAGCUAUUGAAAGUAUGGCUGAAGCAUCUGAUCCAUAUGUUGUUAAUUAGAAUUCAAGUACAAGCUUUUCAGAAACUAAAGCAAAUAACUCAGAUUUCGAUUAUGAAGAUGAUGAUAGUAUCUUUUCUUUCAAUUAGAUUAGAUAAAACUUAAAAUGAUAUUUUAUCGACAUUAAUCAUAAAUCAUAAUAAUCU